UACAAAACCACCUACCCCUUUCUCUCUCUAACUCAAUUAUAUUAAGACACUUUUUCCCUUCUUUCUCUCUCUAUCUCUAUAUCCAUCUCUUUCUCGAUAUACCGUAAAUCCAAUCCAAUUCCCAAUUUUCGAAUCUACCCUUUAUCUCUCUACGAUGGAGCCUUCCUCGAUCUCUCCACCGCCAGCUCCGCCUGCCACCGCCGUCCCCUUCCCGGCCGAACCCAACGACCACCUUCCACCACCCAUUUCCGAACCACCUUCCAACCAUCCACCCUACGCCGAGAUGAUAUACACGGCAAUCGAGGCGCUGAAGGAGAAAGAGGGUUCAAGCAAGAGGGCCAUAGCGAAGUAUAUUGAGCAAGUGUACAAGGAACACCUCCCACCGAAUCACUCCAUCUUGUUGACUCAGCACUUAACUCUCUUGAAGAGCAGCGGAAUGCUCCAAAUGGUCAAAAAAUCCUAUGCGCUCCCUAGAUCUGUGCCUCUUACCGGAGCUGCACCCGCACAAGCGCAUGAUGCCGCCACCUCUGCUCUGCAGUUGACUUCCCCGAGGCCUAGAGGCCGGCCUCGCAAGGCUCAAAUUCCGGUCCAAAACUUACCUCAGGACAUUAAUGUGCAGGUUCAGCAGAAUGCCGAGCCCGUCUGGGCCGCGCUCGGACUUGCAGAUGAGCCCGUGCAGACAGAAGGCAGCAGCAAGAAGCGGGGCCGUCCGAAGAAGAGUGUCACUCCCGGAGCAGGUCCGGCAAAGAGAGGACGUCCUCCCGGUUCUGGGAAAAGGUUGGGCCGUCCUCCCAAGGACAAGUCUGUCACAACAACAACAACGGAUGUCUCUGGGCCCAAGAGACGCCCGGGCCGCCCGCCCAAGAAUCAGUCUCAGCCAACUCCCAUUCCCUUUGCUCCGGCGGAUGCAGCCGCUGCCGUGGGUACAGAGUAUGUUGCAGCCGCUGAAACUGUGCCGGUUGAUGCUGCGGCUGCUCUGGGGCCUAGAGCUCGUGGACGACCGAAGAAAUACGCUGAUGAGAUGGUUGCUGCAGGCCGAGGUAGGGGACGAGGCCGUGGACGUGGUGGCGGCGGCGGAAGAGGACGAGGGAGAGGACGCGGUCAAUUGCCUGCGCAGCUCAGAAAAUCAGGGGCAAGACCCGUGGGUCGUCCGAAGAAGGGGUCAACUUCUGCUAGUACUACUCAAAAUGCUGCUAAUGAAGAUCUCAGGAGGAAGCUUGAACACUUUCAAUCAAAAGUCAAGGAAUCUCUUGCAGUUCUUAAGCCUCAUUUUAACCAUGAAAGUCCAGUCACUGCAAUUGCUGCCAUUCAAGAGUUAGAAGUACUGGGAACUAUGGACCUCAAUGCUCCACUAAGGGAUGAAACACUUCCACCGCAAGAGGAGCAGCCACCACUGCAGCAGCAGCAGCAGCCACCGCAGCAACAGUUCCCACCACCACAACAGCAGCCACCACAGCAACACCUAGCACCACAACAACUGCCGCCACAGCCACAGGCACCAAUAUUUCAGCAAACAUAUCCUCCAUUUCAUCUGCCGCAGUUCCACCAUCACCAGCCGACGCUGCAGUUCCAGCAGCAGCCUCAGCCGCCACAGCUAUUCCAGCAUCAGGCACAGCCACCUUCCCACCAACAGUUUCAUCCUUAGGAAUCAGGCCCAGGCUAGGAAGAAUUACAUUGUCCUGAAUUUGAUAAUGAUGCUAGGAAGAAUUACAUGGUCUUCAAUUUGGUUAUGAACAAUCUGAAACAAGUGUUUUAACAAGGCACAUGAGGGGUAACAGAUUUGUAAAGCGAGUAGGCAGUAGCAGAACUGAUUUUUCGUUAAGUGAAUUGAUUGUCCAUUUAGUUUGUUGUUGUGCACUGUUCUAGAUUGACCCCUGAAGUAAUUUUUAGAUUUUAGAGUACUGAUAAUUCUGUUAUUUAAGUAAUAUUUGUUUGACUUUGGCAGCUUAAGAUUAUUAGUGAUAUUGUUCAUGUUGGUCUA